AUGGCAAUAAAUAGCAUACAUGCCCGGCAGAUAUUUGACAGUCGUGGGAAUCCAACCGUCGAAGUAGAUUUAGUGACGGAGAAAGGUAAGUUACGAGACCUCAUGUUGUAUAAAGAAAUAUUUACCAAAUGUUCCAUAACAGUUAUCUGGACACUUAAAAAUAUAAAAACAAAAUAAAACAUGGCACACUGUAACACUGCCAUAAACAUGGGGAGAAAGACGCGAGUGCAAUCAGAUCAACCCCAAGUCUGUAAUGCAACCAAAAAACCCGCUUCUGGUAUUUUAGAAUUAGUUACCUUGGCAGCAAAAACCACCUAAUACAGGAGGUUAAUUUUAGCCUCCCCCGGAAAGAAUAAGAAUGAAUCUCAUAAGCAGUGAAAAUGCGAUUUCCAGGUUGUACGCUAAAAGAAACGGGCACACACAGGGAAGAUUUAUUUGAGGUUUGAUAUUUCCGGUGAAAAUGUCGGCCACCCAUCAUGAAGAAUCCUGUUUACUUCAGCUGGGGCUACCAAACCACAUGCGACCAUUUUCUGUUUGUACUCCACAAACAGCUUGCAUUCGCGUUUUUGGACAACAGCUUAAACGAUGGACCCGGAAAUUGGUGGGUCAGUUAGGACGUCCUGGUUCUGGUCAUAUGCGAUCCAUUUGAAGUUAAGAAAAGUCAUGUGGUGGUGACCCGUCAGCUCUGUCAAAUCCUAGGCUGUGGGAUAGCCAUCAAUCUUAUCGUAAGUUUAACGUAUCAAGCACAGGGGUGUCCUGACAGAGAUUCGAUGAAAAUCAGGAUGAAGCGUUCCAUACAUGAAGGGGAUCUCCGAGGUCGCGGUUAGACCUCUCGUAUUGUUCGAAAUAGGAGUUGUUUAACAAUUCGCCAGAAAGUAACGUGAACAGAAGACCCCACUUCUGUCUAGAAGAAGUCGACCUCUCCAUUCCAUCUUCAGUGCAACUGCGAAAAGUGCUUUCGUGUCGGAGAAACCUGCUGAUGGCUGCAAACGCGAGUGCAAGAGUAUCAGUUGGCCGUUUGAGGUUGGAUCCGACGUCGAAGAUAGCAACCCCUGCUGCGCCGUUGAGGUUGCGAACUUAGACGAUGAUCACACAUUGAGACAGGUGUAGUGGACCUGGGUGUAUACUGACUGUUCAGUCAACCGUUACAUACAGUUGCUUCCCUCUACCUGGUUCUACGAGUCCUCUUGACGACUGACAGCGAGACUGUGCAACAAGAAAGGUUGUCAAUCAUCGUCAGGACCAGUGACGAUGGGCCGAUACAGGUCACGGUGAAACGGGAAUCAGUCGCACAGUUUAUAUUGGAGACGUACGCAUCAGAGGAAAUGCAUCGUAUAACGACAACUGUGCACAGGACUCUUCAUGAUGGGUGGCCGAAAUUUUCACCGGAAAUAUCAAACCUCAAAUAAAUCUUCCCUGUUUAGGCUUCUUACUUUAUUAACGAAGUUACUCUGACCAGCUUGCAUUUUUACUGAAAGUUAAGUUUUCUAAAUCCUUUAGAGUACAUGAUACCUGUCCAUUGUUGUGAUUGCAAAUAAUGUUUUUUUCGCUGACAUCUAGCGGUUUUAAGCUUAAAAUUCGAUAGUUACGUUGGUGAUCUUCCCAAGGGUCUCUGGUUUUAGAACCCGAAUUUUUGCUUUUAUGAAAUCUAGGCAGUUAAGUUAAACAUGGCUUGCUGCCUUUUGCUUUCGAUUUGCCACGGAGCCUGAAGUCUGGCUAAGGUUCCAUCUGUGCUGGCAUUCAAAUUUCCCAGGUUUAUUUCGGGCGGCUGUUCCCAGUGGGGCCUCUACUGGCAUCUUUGAGGCAGUUGAGCUCCGCGACGACGACCCAAAUGCAUACAUGGGCAAAGGAGUGUCGAGGGCAGUUUCUAAUGUCAACAGAAUCAUUGCACCCGCUCUGACAAAACAAAAUCUGACUGUAACUCAUCAGGCAGAGAUUGAUGAGCUUAUGACAAAGGCCCUGGACGGAACCGAAAACAAGUGUAAGUGUCUUGGUCAGUCUAACAAUUAAACCGUCAUCAGUCGUCAACUUUUUACUACUUGGACAAUUUCGCAGUUACAUGGUUUAAAUGCAUUCACGAAAGUCUGCAUGUUUUGUUUGAAUUAUUCUUAGUGCGGGCGACUUUUAGGGGCGAAAAACAGGAUGCCAGGAAAACUAAAGAAUUUAAAAUGUGUGUAAAGGUUUAGGAACUUAUGACACUGGUAACAAAUAACGGAAUGCUUUUAAAAUUACGUGGAUUUACUGGUUUCUAAGACACAUUUUAGAUAUAUUUCGGAGGUGCUCUAAUGUAAGAAAAAGGUUUCUUAAAAUUAAGAAAAAUGUUUGUGUGUAAAAUCCUUACAGGAAUCCAAAAGAGGCAAGUUUUCUUCACAAAAUAUUGUCCGUGCUAUGUGGCGUAAAUGGUCUGGUUUAUCUCCCACAAUUGAAAACGUGUCUUUUUGUAAAUAAAAACCAAAUGAUCUAAUCUAUUUUAGCUGCUCAAAAGCGCUCCAGAGGCUAUUUGUUACUUUUUGAAUGAACUCACUCAACGGCGCGGAAGCCACUGUUAUUCCCAUAGUUCUUACUGUCUGGCAAGGACUGACAUUUGGGUACAAUAUUUCCAAUUUUUGAAUCAAUUUACGUCCUAGGCGAUUGGAUCAGAAGUUAUAGUACCAAACCUCGCUCGAAACGUGACAAUGGAAGCAAAAUCGCAGGAAAAAAGCGCGAACUCUUCAUUGUUACUCGGAUUUUAGGCCAGAAUAAUGUCUGAAAAGUCAUUCUCCAGCGGCGCCGUCAUUCUACCGGUUAGAUGCGCUUUUUCCAGCGUGCGGCUAUGAUUGCAGUCCUACUGGAAGUACUUGUCAACAAUUUCAAGUUUGGUAGAGGGGCGCAGGAUAUAGGUAAAAUGCCAUUAACGACAAAGACAAGGGAUACUGGAAUGAUCAUUUGUGGCUUAGUAGCUGUCGCCAGCCGGUCAUACCCAACCCCGAAGUGUGGAACGCCUGGGGUUUGAACUCGCGACCUGUUAGUUAGAAGUCCACGCCUCUAACAUCUGGGCAACGGGCCUGUUGUCCUGUCGGUUUCGAUCGGGAAUAUACAUAGAAUAAGUGUAGGCUUGCUAACAUUUCCGUAAGAAAAUACAUAUAAUAAGUUUUCGCAAAUUUGUGUGCAGGGCAAAAUCAGGAUGUAUAAAAAAUUACCAAAAGACGGGAUUUCAAAUACAGAAUUAGGGACAGUUGUUUUGUCUGCAUCUUUUUGAAUUUGAAAUAAGUUCAUAUUCUGCAUCAUUAAUUAGUUUCACUUUGAUGGUGAUUUGUAACUAUAUGGAAUUAAAACUAGUUUGUCUGAUGCAUGGAUGCACUCAUCUUCAUCUUACUUAGUUCUGAAAUAUGUUGAACUGAAAAAUUGCAUUGCCACCCUCCAGGUAAACUUGGCGCCAACGCGAUUGUGGGAGUUUCCAUAGCCGUCUGCAAAGCCGGUGCAGCAGAAAGUGUAAGUAAAGCUUUGAAUCUACUGUUUAAUGAAGUAAUAAGGAGAGCUUCCGGUAAAGCUUGUUAAAAAGCUGGAAUAAAUUACCGAAAAUUAUUGGGUCCUCAAUAGCCAGCGACGAACUUUCCUCACAUCUGUAGACCCACGUUUUGUCCUUCUCAAUAAAAUAACGGAAGCAGUCCUUUGUUCUUAUUUUUAAAAACUGUAAAAUACUAGGAAAACUGAGGGCAGUUCCAGUUUUGGCAACCCUGAAGGCGGGUUAGAAAAGUUUUCAAGAAUAGUAGGAAGGAGUGAUAUACGAGAAUCCUUAAUCGACUACCUAACUGAUGAAUGGGAUCUCUUCAGAAUCUUGUUCAUUAGCGUCGGCCAAAUAUCGGGUUAUACUCAUAGUGGACGAAGAGCCCAUGGACAUAUUUCUUGGUUAGGGUAAUGUGCGCCAUGUCAAACUCUCACUGUAUCAAAAACACACUUACGGAAGGCAGUAUCUGUCUCUUCAAGCGUCUCCAUAUCGCGUCUGAUGUUUAAUCAACAGUUAUUUUUUUAUACACGCCGGCUUCUGUUCUAACGGAAUCACCCUGAGAUUCACGCAUGUUUAUGUCUAAAGUUUCAUUGCGUUUACAAGCCCAAUUGUCUGCAAUAACCCGGUUGUGAAUCGAAAAAGGGAAAAAAACGGAACGUACCAGAGUCAAACAGCGUAAAUAGCGCGAAUUCGAUGUACAUGAGGGCUCACAGGUCGAUUCAUGUUUUAAAACUUGCCAAAUUUUUCGGAACUAGUUUUUUCGCUUUUCGUUUUAUAUUUUGUAGAUUUACUAUCAGAAGUUAACUAGGGGGCAACACCUACAAAUAAGUAAAUUUCAUUGCAAAAAUUAGCGCUCCAUUCUUCCGGUCCGCAUAGCACGAAUGUCUACCUUCCAGAUUUGUGCAAUGCUGAACUAAGGAUCAGUUAGGCAAUAAACGUUUUCCACGCACAAUUAAAACAUUCCAUUGUGUUUCAUUAUGUUAUAAAGAAUGAAUACAAACUCGAUAUGUCAAAGGCCUAUCCACUUAUAAAGCAAUUAGACAACUUACUAACUGGUCUGCGUGUCUAGAUACAAACUGAUUUUCCCAAAUGAUAUCACAUCUAAGCUCACAGCGCUAGUGUCAAAUUGAUUUAUAAAUAAUUUGACAAAAUUUGGGAUUUUAAUUUUAGUAUUCCUGUGUCUGAUGCUCAUGGCGACUGCGAAGCUGAACUCCAAGUAAUCUCAUCUGCAAUUUAGUCACUGGGUUAUUCCGUUGUAAGGACUCUGACCUGAGGUUUUGAUGCCCCAAAUGACUAUUAAGCUUGGCAGUCAUCUGAUGGACUCCGGAUUGAUUGCUUAGGAAAUUCUGCCUGAAAAGUCGGUUUGCUGCAUAAGAUUUAGUGGAUUCCGUACGUUUUAGUAGGUUGGGCGGGAUACGCGACCCAAAUGCAAUUAAACUUACUAUUCCCGGUCAGGACCCCGUUACUCACGGGGCCAGAUCGUUGACUGUACCCAAGCCCUGCCAUUGCUGUGACGGGUUCGAAUUGCGCCAAAGUCGCCGAGCUAUUCAUAACUGGGUCAAAUGGAUUUUUAAGGGUGUAACACUGAAAGACUAACAAAAGUAACAAGUGCAAAGGGAAACAAGGUCAGGUCGCGGUAGAUAGAAAAGGCAUGUGCAUAUUCAUAUGUGGUAAACUGCUAACGUGCCCAGAAGAUUUUGUCACUGAAUGUGUAGUUGUCUGCAACUAAUUUAAAAUGCCGCAAAAGUGUCCGAAAUGCAUGUAACUUUGAGAGAACCAAGUAGUUAUUUUUUAAGAGCAGGUCAGCGUCUAGUAAAUAGCUUUUUCAACGAAUAGACAGACCAUAUAGCAUCAGGAGACUAACGCAAUAAAGCACUGUGCGCAGUACAAGCGACACGAGAGCGUACAGUCAAUGAUCGAUCUCAUGAAAUUUUGUUCAGAACUGUGUACUGCGUUUUUAAUUGGGAAAGAUUAGUUAGGUAGAGUUGUAAUAUCGAUGAGCAUGCGGUAUAAUGCUGCAAUAUUUCAAGUGCACCAGGAUGUUAACUUUUAAACGUACUCCUUUCCGACCGCCUGCAAAUGCUGCACUUGGUGAAAAAUUACCACUUAAAUAGUGGACCUUUUUGUUAAUUUCGAUGUCCUGAUAAAUUUAAAUAUACUCUAUGAAAAACAUACAUGAAAAUAGUAUUUCUUAUACCCAUUUGGUAGGACAUUACGUCCUCUCCCAGUUAUAUAGUCGAAACAACGAUGUUUUUGGUUUUUUAGGAAGUUAGUAAUUGUGAAACUUUUCUAGACCAUAUUAUGUCCAUUCAAAUGAUAUUGCGUCUGUCCGUUUAUUCAUUGUCCUCAUGAAGAAGACUCGAUUUGUCACCAAAUGAACACAAUAAAGAAUAUUUUCAUGCAUGAUUUUCGCAAAUUAUAUUUGGAAAAAAGAAAAAGUGUUCAUUAUAUAAGUAGCCAUCUAUUACCGAGUGCAGUCAUUACAGGUGGCCGAAAAGAGGAGUAUUUAAAAGCCAACAUCCCGAAAUACCUGAAAUAUCACGACAUUAGACUGCAAGAUAAUGAACACUACGACCAUGCUUAAGAAGAAUUUCCUAAUCGGAUACGCAUCUCAACGUUUCUGUUAAUAUUUUCUUGGAUCGGUCACUGACUGUACAUUACAUAUGUUACCUCAAACUACUACUGCUGUAUCUGUAGUUUACAACUAAAGUGGGGAAACACAUACUAAACUUCAAAUCUCAACUCCACAGGGCGUGCCAUUAUUCAGACACAUCGGCAACCUCGCAGGCAACAAGGAGGUUUCUCUUCCUGUGCCGGCGUUUAAUGUCAUAAACGGUGGUCGCCAUGCGGGCAACAAGCUUGCCAUGCAAGAAUUGAUGAUUCUCCCGACUGGCGCUAAAUCGUUCACAGAAGCUAUGAAAAUGGCCACUGAAGUCUAUCAUCACCUGAAAAACGUCAUCAGAAGCCACUACGGACUAGACGCUUGCAAUGUUGGGGAUGAGGGCGGUUUCGCUCCAAAUAUUCAAACGCACUGUGAAGGUAUGUAAAAUUUUGCGUUAUUUGCUAUGAUAACUACCGUAAUGGAUGACACAUUGUCAUAAGUUAUUUGAAUAUUCCGAGAGAAUUUUGUAAUUAUCUCAAUUACACGGGUGUAAUCAAUACAGAACUGCGCCGAACGCUUACUUUCCAUUAAGUCACAAUGUCAGUAUUAAAUCAGACGCUAUAAAGUUAUAAUUAAGAGUCAACGGAUAGUAUCAUGGCGUGCUUGCCUCAGAAACCUCAUGAGGAACAAUACUCACAUGAUUCCAAUAUAAAUGAGUUGUGAAUUCGAAGAUUAUAUCCCCUCAGAGACGAAGUUAUUGGAUCCAAUAGGAUUACUAGAUAUGAAGAGGCGUGCCAGGUGGAACAACUUCUUUACAUUGCUUUGUAAAAAUAUAUUUGAAAAAGGCUGGAUGUCCACGCAACGACCUGUGAAGGCUCACCGGCGCCCAGCAGGCUGCCUCGGAGGCUUUCUUGACUUCAGUGCGUACAACGUGCCUAAGAGCGGAGCAGUGUAUACUGACUCUUUCCUUUUCUGAAGGCACACCGAACAUGUUGUCUUAUCCUUCAGUAGAUGUUCAGAUUCAUUCGACUAUUUUUACUUGCGUCACUUUAAGGUGGCUGGGAUGAGAGGAUAACGGUAACCGAUUAACUUGCCUGUGGUAUGAGUAAUGUUCACCGAUGUGGCUUGUAGUUUCAGUCUACAGUCCUCACAAACGAUCGCCUAUCGACAGGUAAAGUUUUAGGAGAGGCACCGGCAAAGAUAAGAGGGAGUAGACUGGUCUGCUUUAAACGUAAACAGGGUUAUCUGUUUUGCACUUUAAUGAUAUAAAUGAAGAACACUUUCGUCUUAACUAUUAAUUACGGCAGCAAGCGGCAGGACACUGAACGCCAUGAUUGAAUGGCAGAGUGUUUGACUUGAUGCUUCCAAAACGAAGAGUCCAGAUUUGGUCCCCAGGUUAUCCUAAACUGGAAUCCGAACCUGGCUGGUUGGCGACGACCGAAAAGUUCGAAAUGCCCAUUGCUUUUCCGUUUUUUGUGUGUACCGUUUUUGCUCGAUCAAUAUAGUUCCAAGCGUGCAGCUAAUUGCAUACAGUCAAGUCUGCACAAGGUCCCUUUGUGCGCACAGGAUUGUUUCUUAUGUUCUUAAGGUGACAUACGAUUCUUUUCUUGACUUUAAAAAUAAGCAAAGUAAAACUCGAGUUACUGCAGUUUAUACGAAAACAGCCAUAUUAUACAGUUAAAUGGGAGAGACUAGCGGUUAUUUGGCUACAAGUACAAUCUAUAAACCAUCUGCGCGAAUUAAAAAAGACAGAAAUUCCAGGCCAAAACAUUUUGUACUUUAGAAGACAGAGUUGGAAUUAGUCUUACCACAAAAAAGAUGAGCCUUGGGUAAUUGUCCUAGACAACCAGUGAAUUUGAUGUAAGCUUAGGGGAAUACAGGUUCCUAGUGUUCCCCGGCCGCUAUCAUUUUCUGACUUUCGAAACACUAAACUAACACUAAUUUUGCAACCGUGUUUGAGCAUAGUACCUUAUUGCCGCUACUUUAGGAAGUAAAAGUCUGUCUCUUGUGUACAAAUGUAAACUUAAUAUGUGCUUUUAGUACCGUUCGGUUUUUUUAAAGACAAAUUCUUAUUAUGCGCUCGAAUUCAGUAAAAAAAACGAACAAUUGUCUUCCCACUUUCUUGGGGAAUAUCUGACAUCACAAGAGACAACAACACUAACCAACGCGAGACAAUUGCAAGGUGAUUGAUUUGAAUAGGUCUCAUUCACAAACUACUGACAGUCUUACAUUUCCAUGACGACUAUUGUUUUGAUUUCUACGAGAUUCUUUCUUCUUUUCGUCCAUCUAUUUUUUUCAGCAAACGAGAUAGCACCUUUAACGGUCUUUACACGCGAAGAGAUAGUCAAAUAACUCCAGUGAAAAGGUUUCUGCUGCUGUUGAUUAUUCCAUAAGUUUUGGUCACCGAUAUAAUACCCCCGCUUACAUCCUUGUUCAGUCAGUCAUCAGAUAUCUUCAUCCAAGUGUAGUCUUUGAUUUAACAGUCGGUGCCCAUUGACAAAAAUUAAAUGAUCACUAAUCUACCCAGAAUAGUUACACUUUCAGGCAACCUGACUUUUAGUUUUAAAUUAUGCCAAAUAGCGCAAUUUUAUUUUUAGCAACAUCAUUUACAUGUCUCCACAAAGGGACAAUCUCUUUAUUUAACAAGCAACAAAUGAAGCAGUUACAGACUGGAGAGUCGCCUUCACCGAUGAAUAAUUUCUUACAGAUCACUUGCAUUUGGAAUGAAAAAGCUCAGAAGUGGAGGCAAGUAAAUACUUUAACUUUACUCAAAAACAAGGUUGUUUCCAUUAGCAGUAGGGACAUCCAAACAGGGAUGACUGGAGAAUCAAAAGGCAUUAGAUAAAGUUACAUUCGUUACAGAUAGAAACGGCCUCUGGAUUACAGGUCAGAACGCACGUUGGAAGUGCGUUAAGCGAUCGGGUUACGGAACACGCUAGUCCCUUUGUGCCUCAAGGCUCAGUGUAAAGCCCUCACAGGCAGUCGCACAGCUACCAGGAAUAUAUGCUGAGAAGAGACCCGACAAAGACAGAGACCGGGAUGGUCAUUUAUGGCUUGUUAGCCAUCGUCAGUCAGCCUUAUCCAAACCUAGGUUUUGCCACGCCUGAAUCCCCAACCUGCGCUACUAGCCGUCGAAUGUUAUUAAGCUUAACGUCUUAUCAACUGAGCCAUGGACCAUUUGUCCUGUCAGUUGCAACGGAUAAGAAACCAAAAAUUGCCAUCUGGUCUCCCUGUAUCUUACCGGGACUCCUUUCAGCAGAUUCAAACAUUGCUAAGCAAAGAGAGGAAUACAACAGUCAAACGAAAACGAGCAAAUGCCAACACUUCUGGGAGAGAAAAUGCUUUUGACCUCUUUCCCACCCUAAAACCAAGAAAACGUUCCAUAUAAGAAAAGCAUCAAUGUUCUUUACAUGCAGAUUUCUGUGAGGUAAGAAUCGGUUGCUAGAAUCGCUUAUUCGACUCAGCUUUGACCUAAAUAGCCAAACAGGCGUUAGUCGAUAAGUUUUAGCAGUAAUUAAGUACUUGCAUAAUUCUUUUCUAUUUCUUUAUCACAGAAACUUAGGGAACCUUUAUUAUUUCAAGUGUCUGCUGCCGCAGAGACCAGACGAUUACUCAUCAGACGCAUAAACGGGUGUCCUGCUCAAAUUUCGCCAAUCUCCAAAGAAAUUGAGCUGUUUUCGAAUCUUAGAGACUCUGCAAUAUCGGUAGCAUAACAUCAGGCUAUAUUUAUUUAGAAAUCGGAAAAGCUUUUCCACCGGGACUUGUAGGAAAACCUUGUUUGAAACUUCCAUGUCGUAAUACUGUAAAAUUUCAUACCGUUUUCUACAUCUGCGCACAUGCCUGAAGAAUAGCCGUAGCGUGUAAAAUACCUUUUUGGAAUUCCGGCGUAUUCUUCCUUAGACAGGACCGCAUAGUGUGCGGUAGUUUAUGCCCAAUAGAUACUUAACAUCUGACUUUUUCGGCAAUCGUCUUAGAUAUGAACAAAAGCUACACAGACCCGUUACCAAAACAGAGAGGAUAAUUACAUUUUCAAUGCCUUUUUAUGGUUCACGUUUUCGUAUUUCAUAGGCUUACUAAAGUUAUCUCCCAUUCUUCCAGAAAUGACUAACUCGAGCAACUCUAUCGGAUUUAUGCAAGGGCAUUUUAGAGACUAUGUAAAUUUAUAGAACACAAGUAGACAAAAACUCCCAAAUUUUCCACAAAAAACAUAAACACUAACAUUUACUGCCUCAGAACUUGCAAUAAUUCUAGUUAUACACUUGCUGUUUCUUUUUAAGCCUCUCACAAAAUUACGUCUCGGUUAAGUUUCAAAAAUAUGAGUCACUAAAAUCCGAACUAAUGAAAUAUGCCUAUGCGCACAUACGAAUUCCUGAUCAACAUCUGACUGCGAAUGCUCUCCAUAAACUAGAAAAAAACAUUACCACCACUAAUAAAUCCCGCAAAAUAGCAAGAGAUUCACCCGUACCCGUUUGCUAGAGAACACUGUCCCUUUCAUAAUUUAUUUUCUUUUCCAUACACAACAGCUUUAAACUAAUAAAACAAUGAUCACUGUAUGACCACGGUUGUUAUCAAGCAGCGGUCGGCCGUAUGCGUUUUGUUUACGAUGGUUUUAAGUCAAAUCUGGAGCUAAAAGUACAACCUUAUCCGCGUGGCUCUAACAGCCGAUUCAGGACAAUUACAUAAAACUCGGUUGAGCCCCAUAAAGCUAGGGAAAUAUGUCAGCUGCUGCAUAACGUGCUAGAUAAUGCAUGCUUGAUAACUCCUGCUAGAUAACGUGCUGUUCUUUGCAGGCUUUUAUACAACUAGAGAGUUUCCCUUAUAUUUUAAUCUGGCCGUUUUUUCGUUGAAGACUAAGUCAUGUCUCCAAGUACUGCAGUUAGUGAACCAGGAAAAACUGGAUGUGCUGACAACGCUUUAAAAAAGUAAUGUGUACACUUGUUUUCCAAAAACAUGGAGAUUAUUAUCGCCAAAAUUAAGCAAGAUGUACAGACAAAAGUUUUUACUCAAUCAAGAAAAUAUUAGACUACAGAGACAGGAGACUAGGAUGACCGCUUCUAGCUUAUUAGCAGUCUUCGGCCUGCCUUAUCCAAUCCCAAGUUUGGGGACCUCUGAGGUUCGAGCCUGUGCUGUUUUAGUUAUUAGUUCGACGCUCUAACCAUUGCAUACAUUACUAGUCAUUAUACUCCUGCUUGUGGGAUUCUAGAUUGAGCACUAAAGCACAACGGAAUGAGUGGUCAUGCACCCUGUGCCCCUUGUGUAUCGUGUCGGCGCAAUAACUUUUUUUUUCGAACAUAGCGGUAGUCGCAUGAAAGACAGGAACGUCCCCGAGCCGAGUGUGGUUAAAGAGAGGUGGGUCCCUUGUCUCUUGUGACAUGUCCAUUAAUGCUUUUCGAACCACUUUGUGGCAGCUUUAAAAUGCCCAUGAUUAUAAUUGAGGAUCUAAACUUUCCUCAGUCGCAGAACGGCAAGUACCUAUAAAAACUCCACGCUCGCUAAAAUAAAUACAAAAAUUACUAUGAAUAGAGCUGAUAAGUUAAAAAUGAGACAAUUAGCCGUUGGUUAGAUUAUUCAGUCAACAUGGGCACUGGACUGGUCGGAUGUGCAUUAGAUGAGCUAUCUCAUGCCAUAUUAACCGAAAUUUUUCAAUCUGUUUUUGAUUCAAAAAAUUUACUUAUGUAGGUUUGCAAUAUCAGUUAUCGUGCAGCGUACUCCUACAAUAUUUUAGUCCCACCAGGAUGCGGACUUUUAAAUAAGCUUCUUUUAAGCCGUCUGCAAAAACUACACUCUGUAAAAAUGACGACUUGUGUGGUGUAAAUUUUUCCCAUUGGUUUUCGAUGUCCUUAUGAAGUUAAGUAUAUUAUAUGAGAAACAUGCACACAAUCAUUCAUUCUUGUACUCAUUUGGUAGAGAAUUGAGUCCUCUCCCAAUCAUCUUUUUUAAGAGAGAGUAUCUUUUGAUUUUUUAAAAACUUUUCAGUUCCCGAAUAUUUUCUUGUCCCACCCUUUGUUACAACUGCAUUCAGGGUUUCCAAAGUACAUGCUGUACACAUUCCGUCAAAGAAAUAUCACACAUUUCUCUAUGCUGUUAAGAAGACGUCAUGUAGGACUCAUAAAAGUGGGAAGUGGAUGUCGGCCAGGUUGUGUAUUUUAUACGUAGCAUCAAUAAGCACGCUGAUACAAUUCUGCAUGAAUGGGAAGUUCAUGGCCUUGAAAAAACUCACAGUUAGAAGCAUCUUUAGAACCUAAAGAUACUCUCUCUUCAAGUAGAAAAUUAGAAGAAGCAGUUUUCUUCCACAAGGAUAGGCGAAUGUUUUUGUAUGCGUUUUCUAGAGAAUUUAAUUGAAUUUAUAGGAGCAUCAGAAGUCAAUGGGAAAAAUUCUUACUAAAUAAGUAGUCGUUUUUUUUACAGAGCGUAGUUUUUGUAGACGGCUGGACAGGAAUUUAUUUAAAAGUCGAGAUCCUAAUGUGACUGAAAUAUCAUAGGAUUGUGCUAUAUGACAGUUAAUAUUCAACCCUACUUGAGACAUAUUUUUGAGUGGAAAUUACAUUUCAGAAUUUUGGUUGACAGGUCAUGAAAUAGGUUGCAUUGAUUGGUUAUUCGGCCCAGAGCCAACACCGUUGCUGGGGUACUUGGGGGUUGCAGCGUUGUCCACUUUCCCUCUUUAUGGAAUUUUCCAAGUUUGACAGGAAAGAUUUGCUUGCAAAACGAAUUACCAUCACACAUCUAGCGUAACUUCACAGGCAUCUGCAGGUUACCUUGGACAAAAACCUUGUGAUAGGACUGGUAAAAUGUUCCGUGUUGAAGAUGAUCCACAACCUCAACAUUAUUUUGCUCGGACAAAUAAAUAGUUGGAAAACAUCACAUGGCUCCUCGAAAUUUUAUGCAGAGUUCAGAAGGGCAUCUAUCAACAGUUUGCUGUUUUUGUUAGCACAACCACCUACAGAGAAGAAGACACCCGUGAACGACCAAUUUCACUAAUUUAUCUUUAAAGCAACUAUGUUUGUACAAAUAGUUAGCUUUCCAGAUUGCAUCGCACGUUUUCAAUAGGCAAAAGCUCGCGGAUUGGGCGAAACAGUUUGUUUUUAAUUGGGUCAAAGGUGUGGAUUUGUGUUGAAGGAUAGAAAAGGCCUUAGCGAGGUCAGCGGUGGCAUCAGUGUGGCAGAAGAACUGGGCGGAUGGAAAACGAAGGACUAAAAAGACUCGGUUACCUUUAACGAACGUGGGCGGCUACGGUCUAGUUGUGCCUUAAAAGGACUUUAAGUGCUUGGUUAUACGCUUUAACGUAACUACUUGAAGUAAAAACUACUAAAUUCGGUCUAAGUCAAGCCACUUGGUGGUAGUAUAUGUCGUUGAGAUAAAUUUCAACCUGCUUUCAGCAUAGUUGCUAGUUAAAUUUCCAUACGCAAGUUUGUCCGAAAUCCACUCCGGUACUAAACAGAUAUCUGACAGCUUCAGUAUGAGUUUCUUCGAACUGAAAAAUCGUAAAUUGGUAUUUUCUGACUGACCUGACAAUGAAACCUUCGUGAGGUUUUGUAAAGGACAAUUUGGCAAGCAAACGCCAGCUUUCGAUAAAUUCUCUUUAGGCCUUUGAAUUUAUGUUGCUGUGGAAAUGAUUAAUAAGAACAUGCGGGCAAGUAGACGUUAUUCUGUAGCUGGGGUUCGAGGCCUUGGAUGAAACCAAGAGCAAAAUUACCGCCAAAAUAAAGGGGAGGAGAAUGGUGGGCACUGGGACAGGUAAUUAAUUAUAUGCGGGUGGCUGGCUUGGUGGUUUUGAGUAAUGGUAACUGGGGGGCCCGUAAGGAGGUCUUCUGAGCGCAUACGAAUUGGUUGCGCAACCUGAUUGCAGCCGCCUUUGCCGUUGUCAAAGGACGCGCCCCAAAUGAUUUUGUAUAGUUUGACUGUAACUUGUAAACCAUCCUGAAGACCCGUCCGGAAUCUACACGGUGAUCCGCGUCUGUCAUAUGCGCGAGGAUAGGGCUCUUGACGUUCUUUAUUUGGCCUUUUCCUAACUAUGCCGGAAGGCAUUCUCUUAUUCUUUUUGACAGACGCCGACUCGUACGACCAAUAUAUUCUGCCCCACAGGAGCAGGUGAGGGAGUAAAUACACAUAGAGCUUGUCUGGCCUGGCAGUUCUUGCCCUCUCCGUAUAGGAUAGGACCAGUGGAGAAGAGUAAACGGGCGUCGGCUGCUGAAAAGGUGCAUGAUAUAGCUCGAGUUAGUCGCCUUCUUAGAAGCUCACUUGGCGCAUCCCCUUGAAACGGGACUUUGAUAAAAAGCUUCUUUUUUCUGCCGUCAGCCUUGGGGGCUUUGGUGGUUUUUCGGUCAUGUACUUAGCAAUUACUCGAUCAGGUACCCGUUCUGUUGAAAUAGAUUUUCGACAAUCUUAAGUUCUUCAUCAAUGCUAUCAGCCGAACAGAUAAUCCUUACUCUGUGUGUUAGACAACGAACUAAAUUGUGUUUCGUGUUUAGCGGUACGAAACUUCCAAAACUGGUGUAUUGCCCAAACCACGUCUUCUUACGAUAGACGCUACGUCGAAUACUACCGUCAGGGCUUCUACCAAAAAGCACAUCCGAAAAGGGGGGCGAUUCGGACUUUUGUUCUUCCAGCGUGAAUUUGAUUGAUGAGUGCUCCCUAUUGCUAGCGUCCAGUAGGCCCGAAACGUCGUUUUGCUCAGGUGCAAUCGCGAAUAUAUCAUCCACGUUGCGCCCGUAAUAUCUUAGGCCAUCGAUCUGGCGACGCAGCUUGAAUGCCUCUAGCUCUCCAUUUGGUUAAUGGUUAACACCUGUGUUGGGAGUGCGCUAAGACUGUUUUUUGUUUAUAAGGCACAUAUUAUCCUCCAAAGUGCCAGGACAAUGACGUUUCAAACAGUAAGUGAGGUCGGCCGGCGGGGGGGAUAUGGACCCCCCCCCUGCUACACGUGCUCUCUUGCUUAAUUCCAGGGGAACCUAUUUCCGUGUUCUAACUUCAUUCCUUACCCUGGCCCUAACACUAGCUCUCAUAACCGUAACCGUACCCAACCCUGACUCUAGCCCUAACCUCCUGGAAUAUGGGCAAAGCCACCUGCAAUUGGGGAAGACGCAGACUCCCGUGUUCAACCACAACGAAAAUAGACCAUGAGCUGUUUCUUAAAUAACACUGUUUAAAGUAAAUAAAUGGUGUCCUUCAGGAGGCGGUACUUUGACGACUGCUGGAGACAGUUUCGCAAGUAUUGAAUUUAACUAGGAAAUAUGUAGUCCCUCGGUGCUUGGAAAGUAAGAUGGUCGUCGACUAGGGUUUUUCCUUGACAUAGAGCUCUCAUUAUAUGAUCAAACCAGCUGAAGCUAGUUAUCAAAAAAAGUUUUCGCUCUGGCGUUCUAUUGGCUCAGCUGUCUUAAUUAUGUUGGAUUUGAUGGGACCCUAUCUAUUGAGUUCCAGCCAUCACUAGAAUGCGACGGAAAUUUUAGAAUGCGCACAAAUUUUCAUUGUUGAAGCGACACAACAAUUCUGUCUUUAAGUUUUUGACCUGAUACGUUUAAAAACACCUUGGAUUUCUCGAACCUAUGGCGACACUAACCAAGUGUACAGGAUAUAGCAAUGACGAGAAUAAGAGUUGCUGACUCGCAGAUAAGCUGAGACGGUUUUUAUUGAACAGUUUAUGUCUCUAUAGCGACACGGAAUUAACUGAGCUUCCUGAGAUAAUCUAUGUUACAUCGCAAAUUCCCACAUUCUCGAUAUCAAUUGUCGGCCCUUCCACGGUUUCCGAGGGCUUAGUUGUUUUAGAAGUAUACUGAUGUCGGAUAUCAUUAGCGCUCAGGAGAUUGCAGUUUAUUUGCCACUUUUACUAGUGGGGACAAACGUAGAUUAAUCGCCCGGUUUUUUGCUAUCUGUUCAUCUCUACCGAUUGAAGCGACAGCGAACAUCAGUGCAAAUUCUCAGCAUUCGCUAGAUGCUCUGUUCAAUCAGAUUUCUCACUCGCUAUCAAAUAACCAAAAAUAGUCGUGUUGUUUUUAAAUAUUACUCAUCAAACAAGAGCAGAAGCCUUCAAAAAAAUUAAACACAUUCAAAUAAUCAUUUUAACAGUCUUCAACUCUUUACUGACAAGAUAAGGACCUGUAAAUCCCGUUUUCUUGGAAGAUGAUGUCUUUAAAACCAAAUAAUCAAACGAACUCCACUUCAAUCUCCCCUUUAUUGUGAAGUCAUUUAUUGCGCAUAUGAUUGUCUAGUGAAUACAGCUUUAUAAACGGUUGGGGAAAUUCCAAGAGACUGUGGGGAGUGAAGUAACAUUUUUAAUCUUAACGUUCAAAAUUAUCUCAAAUAUUUGGCACUAUCUUGAAAGAAAUGUUUUCCCAUCCGUUUGGCUAGUACUGGCUAUUUCCGAAGUAACGCGUAAUUUACACGUCAAGUUACAUUUAGUAGACCCUGCCCGCAAUUGUUUGGACUUUUGUUGAUAAAUUCUUAAUGGACACUAUCAGACGCAAUCCACCAUACAACAUCAAAAAUCUUCUGGCGUUGAGGCGGUGCCUUUGAAGUGUGGGGUACUGGAGCAGCUGAUGAUAUCCAAUGAGAGGUUCGGUUGGCAUCAUUUUUUAUAACAGGAAUGCAAACAGUCAAAGAAUGAUAUGUUUACUUACAAUCUUUUUGCGUGCGUGAGGCCCGUUUGAUCAGCCGGCACCAUUUUUCAGUUGAGGAACAUUUUGGAGGAUUUUCCUUCACUCAGUUUAAAUAUUUUGAAGAGUUCUUGAGACGUUAUCUUCGAAUGUUUUCAACAGUGUCACAUAAUCCUUUGUUACAAUGCCGGAGGCUCUUCCUAGACGUGACACCUUCUCAAGACAUCUAUUACUAGGAGAAAGUUUAAAUCAUCUCUAAGAAGUUGGUUCUUUUGGUGUAUGUCUUUCAAAUGCUACUUACGUCUUAACACAUGCUUCAACAGUCUUCGGUUCAAGAUCAAAUUCAUAAAACAGACACGUCUGAUUUGCACUUAGUUCCAUGAACGUUUAAAAGUGGAUGAAAAUCACAAACCAGGGGAUAAAGCAUUGAAAGGUAUUUCAUUUAAUCGUAAACUAUCUGCGCUGGAUGAUACAUGUGUCCGGGAAGUCUAAACAAGAUUCAACAGGCCGUUCCGUCGAACUCUAAUGAAAACAGCGCGAAGAUCUUUGGUCACUUAGUACAUUUAUUCAUUGGCAGUGGAGUCUUUCGUGGCGGAAUUUGCCAAGAAUUUAGUCCGAAUAUGCCCUCUGUCGGUUCCAGUUUAGACACCAUCAAACGUUUUUUGUAGAUAAUAAUGGGACCCGUUUUUUUCCCCAUAGUUGCAAUAAGUGCAUUUCUGACUAAAAGUCUUUGCGUGCACUUUAUUUAUAAAGGUUUGGAUUUGAUACAAGAAGCCAUUGAAAUGGCGGGUUACACUGGCCUCAUUAAGAUCGGUGUUGAUGCAGCAGCAUCCGAAUUUUAUAAGGCAGGGAGGUACGACCUCGACUUCAAGAAUGUUGAUUCUCAAGAAUCAUCUUGGCUAACUGCCGAACAAUUGUCCAAUAUAUACACAGAGAUGACUUCAAAGUAUCCCGUCGUUCUGAUCGAGGAUCCAUUUGACCAAGAGGAUUGGACUGCCUUUCGGGAAUACACAGCAAAGAGCACUGUUCAGGUGAUUACUUAUUAUGUUUGUAUUUUCUUUCUGCUCUAGUUUCCUUGAAGCACGAAAAUAUGUCUUUCGGAAAUCUACGACUCGACUGCAUACCUAAGUUAAUUAUUUUUUCCCCUAUUACUAAGAUCGUGGGUGAUGACCUUCUGGUAACCAAUCCAGCACUAGUACAAAAGGCAAUCGACACAAAGGCUUGCACGGCCUUGCUCUUGAAAGUGAAUCAGAUCGGUUCCGUGACAGAAGCGAUCGAGGCCUGUAAGCUAGCCCAAAAGGCUAACUGGCCCGUUAUGGUUUCGCAUCGUUCUGGCGAGACCGCAGAUACGUUCAUUGCUGACUUGGCAGUUGGACUAAAUACAGGGCUGAUCAAGACGGGCGCUCCGAGUCGAUCAGAGAGACUGGUGAAGUACAACCAACUUUUGCGGAUCGAGGAAGAACUUGGCGAGUCAGCCGUCUACGCGGGAGCCUUCUUUCAGAAAAAGUGGUCAGUGUGA